AUGACUGCAUCAUUGAUUGCACUGCUUUCUGUUUCUGACAAGACCGGACUUGUUGAGUUGGCCACUGCUCUGCAUGCCAUGAAUGUGCGCUUGAUUGCUUCUGGUGGUACUUCAAUGGCCAUCCGCAAUGCUGGACUUCCUGUAGACGAUGUUGCUGAUAUUACCAAGGCUCCAGAAAUGCUUGGUGGUCGAGUCAAGACUCUCCAUCCUGCGGUUCAUGGCGGCAUCCUUGCUAGACAAACUCCCCAAGAUUCAGCUGAUAUGCAGGCUAGAGGAUAUGAGCUGAUCGACUUUGUGGUCUGCAAUCUUUAUCCUUUUCAAAAAACUAUUACUCAGCCUGGCGUCACCAUUCCACAGGCUGUCGAGGAGGUUGAUAUUGGUGGAGUGACUCUUUUGAGAGCUGCUGCCAAAAACUUUGAGCGAGUGUCGAUCUUGUCUGACCCUGCAGAAUAUGCCGAUAUCAUCAAGGAAAUGCAAGUUGCAUUCGCUUCUUCUGCUGAUGAAUCGGGUCGCAAACUCUUGCUGUCUGAAGAGCGUCGCAAAAGCCUCGCUCUCAAGGCAUUCACACAUACUGCCGACUAUGACACUGCCAUUUCCAGUUACUUUCGUAAAGAAUUCUCGGGCAAUGGCGAUUGCCAGAUGUUUUUGCGCUACGGUGCCAAUCCUCACCAAAAACCUGCCCAGGUGUACUGCACUAAUGGUGCUCUCCCAUUCAAAGUUUUGGCUGGAUCUCCCGGAUAUGUCAAUCUAUUGGAUGCUCUUAAUGCAUGGCCUUUGGUCAAGGAACUCAAAAAAGCCUUGAAUCUUCCUGCUGCAGCUUCUUUCAAGCAUGUUUCUCCUGCUGGUGCAGCCGUUGGCUUUCCCUUGACCGAAGCCGAAAAAAAGGUUUACUUUGUUGAUGAUAUCGAGAACCUGUCACCUCUUGCUACUGCUUAUGCUCGUGCUCGUGGUGCAGAUCGCAUGUCCUCAUUUGGUGACUGGAUUGCUUUGUCGGAUAUUGUGGAUCUCCCCACUGCUCGGAUUAUUUCUCGCGAAGUAUCUGAUGGUGUGAUUGCUCCCGGAUACGAACCCGAAGCACUCGCUCUUUUGCAAAAAAAGAAAAAAGGAAAGUAUACUGUCCUGUCCAUUGAUCCAGACUAUCAGCCUGGUGAGAUUGAGCGUCGUCAAGUUUACGGUCUUACUUUAGAACAGCAGCGCAACAAUGUUGAAAUCACCAAAAGUAUGUUUGCCAACAUUGCUACCAAAACCGUCAAGACCGUCACUGAUGAAAGCCUUCGUGACUUGAUUGUUGCUACCAUUGCUUUAAAAUACACCCAGUCCAAUUCUGUUUGCUAUGCAAAGAAUGGUCAAGUUGUUGGUAUGGGUGCUGGCCAGCAAUCGCGCAUCCACUGCACUCGUCUUGCUGGCGACAAGGCUGAUAAUUGGUGGUACAGACAUCAUCCUGACAUUCUUGACUUUAAGUUUAAGCCUACUGUCAAGCGGGCCAAUCGUGCCAAUGCUAUUGACCUGUAUAUCAAUGAUAUGAUCGAGGACAUGAACGAGUGGUCGGAUUUGUUUGAAGUGGUUCCUAAACCAUUUACUGAUACCAUGAAGCGUGAUUGGAAAACCAAAAUGGACGGUUUGGUGGUGUCAUCUGAUGCCUUUUUCCCCUUUGCCGACAAUGUGCAGCGUGUGUCUCAGUCUGGUGUACGUUAUGUUGCUGCACCUAGUGGGAGUGUUAUGGACGAGGCUGUUGUUCAAGAGGCCGAAAAGAAUGGCAUUGGAUAUGUUUUUACUCCGUAUCGCUUGUUCCACCACUAAUAUAUCUUAAAAAUGGACUUGCAUGCAAAAUCUGAUUUUUACGUCAUUAAUUAAACAUUAUGGGCUUAUAUCCCAAUUUGAUUUUAUUGUG